GGGGCCGGGCGGGGGCUGUGGGGCAGCCGGGGCAUAGCACCGGGCGGUGCCCUGACUCCGCCGCCCUCGCGGGCAGGGGCGCGCAGUCGCUCCCCGACCCCCAUGAAGCUGCGGGACGCCCCGUCCGCCUGCCCGUCCCUGUGGCGCUGCCUGCCGUGCCCACCGGCCGAGCUGCGCCUGGACCUGGUGCUCUCCUCGGGACAGAGCUUCCGGUGGUGGGAGAGCAGCCCGGGGGCCUGGACGGGUGUGCUGGGGGGGCGCGUCUGGACACUGCGGCAGGACGGGGACCGGCUCUGGUAUACGGUGUACGGCGAGGAGGAUGAGCACGAGGAGGAGCAGCAGGGUGGGUGUCCCGCCAAAGCAGCGAAGCUGGACGCCGCAGAGACGGACCGGAUCCUGCGCGACUACUUCCAGCUGGACGUGGGGCUGUCGGCCCUGUACCGUGCCUGGGGGGCGGCCGAUCCCCUGUUCCGCAAGGUGGCCAAUGACUUCCCAGGGGUGCGGGUGCUGCGGCAGGACCCCGUCGAGUGCCUCUUCUCCUUCAUCUGCACCUCCAACAACCACAUUUCCCGCAUCACUGCCAUGAUCGAGCGCCUCUGCCAGGCCUUCGGCCGCCGCCUCUGCUGCCUCGAUUCCCGACCCUUCCACGCCUUCCCAUCCCUCUCGGCACUCACAGGCGCUGAUGCCGAGGCCCGGCUGCGGGCGCUGGGCUUUGGGUACCGGGCCAAGUUCGUCAGCGGGAGUGCACGGGCCAUCGCCGAAGGGCUCGGCACCGAGGGGCUGUGCCAGCUCCGCACCGAGCCCUAUGCCGAGGCCCGGAGGGUGCUGUGUGCCCUGCCUGGCGUAGGUGCCAAGGUGGCCGACUGUGUCUGCCUGUUGUCCCUGGACAAGGCGGAGGCGGUGCCGGUGGACACCCAUGUCUGGCACAUUGCGCGGCAGCGCUAUGGCGUGGCACUGGGCGGCAAGAGCCUGACCCCCCGGGCCUACCAGGAGAUCGGUGACUUCUUCCGGGGCCUGUGGGGCCCUCGUGCCGGCUGGGCACAGGCAGUGAGUACCCCCCCUUCCUGGCACCCUUGCCCCCCACCCCAGCCAUGCCCACCCCAUCAUCUCUCCCCACUCCAGGUCCUGUUCUGUGCCGAUCUCCGCAAGGGCCAAAACCAGCCAGCAGCCAGCAUCGGGCCUGGGAGAGCUGAGGCUGGGAGAGCUAUGGGGAUGGGCCCCUCUAGGGACACUCCAGGAAGAACAGUGACUUGAGUGGGACAUGGCACCUGCUGCCAGCCUGGGAUAGAAGGGUGUGGGCAGCUGCCUGUUGCCUGCCCACUGUGUGCAUGGGGGAAGCUGCUGCCCUGGGCAGUGAGGCUGGGUGGGUCAGGGCUGUGUCCAGCUCCCUCAGUGCAGAGCUGAGCCAAGCACCUUUGGCCUCUUGCCUUUAUUACAAGCAAUAAAAUAGAAACAUCCA